AUGAGCGGCUGCAACUACCUUGUCCUGCGUCCUUUUAUGGAACUAAACAACCCAUGUGAUGACCAUCGUGCCAUCACCAUUGAGGCGAUCUGGGGCCUGAAAUUUGAUGAUGACACCCUGCACAAAAAGCAGCUGAGAGAUGUAUGCCUCUCGUUUGCUCUGUCUCGCUUGCUGCUUCGCUGCUACUUUCAGAUGGAUUGUGCCGAAGCCGGACUGCCCAAGACGCUCCAGUUUGCACUUGAGGGUUUGUUGCCGGAAGAGGAUCAAGUCAACCAUUACUCAGAAGCAUUUCAUGUCAUCGAGGUAGAAUUGGGCUUCCUCUAUGAAUUCUUCUUCACAAAGCAUGCAACUCUCUUUUCCUUAGAGCUUCAUUUCUUUCUGAUGGUAGUUCUCAAAUUGAUUUGCACUUCUAUCACCGGAUUAUUUCUGCUUAGAUAUCCCACCAUUGUCAAUUCAAGUGACCCUAUAAUCGAGGUUGGCACAAGAAGGGUUGAUAUUACUGUUACAAUCAUGAUUAUGGGAGCUCUCCUUCUAUUUGAAGUUCUGCAGGCUAUACUCUACCUGACGUCGGAUUGGGCCACUGUUUCACUCGCUUGCAGCUAUACCAGGGGAGAUACAUGCAAACUCAUUCCGUCCAUCAUUCGGUUUCUUAGAAGGUUUAAGUUUGACAAUCUUCUCAGUAAGAGGAUCAGUUAUUUUGGAUAUUGGAGAAAUAAGAUGGGCCAAUCAUCUGUAAUUGGAGGCAACUUGCUUGUCCAUUGGCUCAAUGUGGAACCCAAGAGAGGAAACAUGUUCGAGGAUUUUCUAGCUCUUGCAGUAUACCACCUCAUUUAUUCAACGAUAUUAUCAGGGAAGAAUUUUGUUGCAGUUCCUGAUUUGGUCAAGAGCAAUAUAAUUUCUUGCUUGCGGAUAUAUAGCAACGGCGGUGGUCCUCUAACUAAUGGAAAAGCAGCAUUGGAGCAUAAUGGUGUCCUUGGAGAUCUCUCCUCUACACUGGAGAAUGAUAGCCAAAUAGAAGUGAUGCUUAUUUGGCACAUCGCAACUGAGUACUGCAAUAUUGCAUCUUCCAAUGGGGCAGAGGAUGGCCCUCACAAUGGUGCACAGCAAGUUGCCACCACCUUAUCCAAAUAUUGUGCCUACUUAAUGUAUUUCAUUCCAGAAUUGCUUGCCGAGAACCCUACGGACACACUAUUCAUCGUCCAUGGCGUGCUGAAGAAAGUACAGAGUGCACUGGGUGGUGACAAACUGACUAAGGAUAGAUUGCUGAGGGUCAUCCAGGAUUCUGAAACUAUCAGGAGUAACCAGGAUCAAACUGUCGUCCUUGAUUCUGACGGCCCUGACAACCAUGCUACCAUAAUCCAAAUUCCUCCAGUCAGCAACAACACAGACAACAUCAUCCAUGACUCCGGUGGCAGCGGCACCACGGAAAACAUCAUCAGCGACUCCAGUGGCAGCACUAACACGGAUAACAUCAUCCACGACUCCAGCGGUGGCGGCAACGGCAACCAUACCACCAUCGCCCAAGACUUCACCACCAACGGCAAUGAAGAUAGCAUCUUCAUCAAAGGAUUGAAGCUAGGGAGGGAUCUGGAAGUGAAAGAUGUGGGCCUCCGCUGGAAGGUGCUGGCAGAAUUCUGGGCUGAGACCAUCAUCUACAUCGCGCCAUCCGACAAAGCCGCGGAGCACAUGGAACGCCUUGGGCAAGGAGGGGAAUUUCUUACUCAUAUCUGGGCUCUCCUCACGCACGCUGGCAUUGUGAAGCGUGACCACAUGAUCCCAACACCAGACCAGACGCCAUCCUCAGAAGAUCAUGUGUAG